AUGCAGCGGCCACGGGGACCGACGACGGGGUACGAGCGGCUAACGCAAGCGGAGCGAUUCUCGGACGAGUCGGACGAUGAGGGCAACGAGGCGUUGGGGGCGAGCUUCGCGUCGCUGCAGGCGGGCGAGGGGCCGCGCUAUGGUGCGCAGGCGAUGAUGGGGGAGGCCAUGGCGUCAUCGCUGCCGUCGACGGGGAUGGGAAUGGGGCUGCUGCCGGUGGCGUCAUCGUCGUCGCGGCGGCGGCGGGCGAACUCGGGCGUGGACCUGAAGGCGAUCAACGCGCGGCUGGAGCGAUGGGCGGACGAGAUCGCGGCCAAGUUCAAGCGCAGCAAGCGGCGAUCGGGCGCGGACGAAGACGAAGACGAGCGUCUAGAGAUCCACUACUCAGUCUUCCAAGCGCCCGAGGGCGUGCGGCCGGUCACGGCCGAGAGCCUGGCCGCAUCGGCUGCCGACGGCGACCACAUGUCCAAGGCGCAGUUCGAGGCGAUCGUCGACAGCGUACGGACAGCCAUCAGCCAGGGCAUGCACCCGCGGAUGAUCGCACAGGGAUCCUCGGGCAGCUACUUUGCUCGCAACCUGGACGGCAAGGUCGUGGGCGUGUUCAAGCCCAAGGACGAGGAGCCCUAUGCGGCUGGCAACCCGAAGUGGAACAAGUGGAUCCACCGCAACCUCUUUCCCUGCUGCUUCGGUCGCGCCUGUCUGAUUCCCAACCUGUCUUAUGUCAGCGAGGCGGCUGCAUACGUGCUGGACGCCCAGCUGCGCACCCACAUGGUCCCCUACACCGACGUCGUCUAUCUCGCGUCCCGCUCGUUCCACUACCCCUUCUGGGACCGCUACGCCCAUUCGCGUGGCGGCAAAGCCCUGCCGCCAAAGCCUGGCAGCUUUCAGGUCUUCCUCACCGGCUUCAAGGACGCCAACAUCUUUCUGCGCGAGCACCCGUGGCCCGACCAGUAUCUUUCGGGCUUCCGUACCGGAAGGCGGCAUGGCGGUCCUGGCAGCGGUCGCCGGCCUCGCUGGGCUGACAACUGCCGUCCAGCCUCUCGAGCCAGUCGCUCACGCAACGGCACGCCGUCUGGUCGAGAUGCAGGCGCUAAUGGCAGCACCAGCAACGGCGACAGCGGCUACGACGACGGCUAUAGCGACUACGAUGAAGGCGCGCCGCCUAGCCCUGAGCAGAUGCUCUCGCCCGACAACUUUGUCUGGACGGAGCCGCUCAAGGCCGCCUUUCGCGAGGAGCUCGAGAAACUCGUCAUCCUCGACUACAUUAUGCGCAACACCGAUCGCGGCCUGGACAACUGGAUGAUCAAGGUCGACUGGUCCACGCAGGCCGUGUCCAUCGCGUCGGAGCCGAUGCAUCUGCACAUGGAGACUGGCGGCGGCGGCAACGGAGCGACGGCCAGCGACGACGACAACGACAAUGACGACAACGGCAGCAACCAUAGAUCGCGGCCGGUGGACCUGUCCCAACGGGCGGCACGUGACACACGAUCACGUGCUCCAUAUCCGUCAUACCGGGCGCAGCAGCCGAUGCAGGCGGCCAGUCCGGCCGACAGCACGGGUCUGCCCAAGAUCACGGUCGGGGCGAUUGACAACUCGCUUUCGUGGCCGUGGAAGCACCCGGAUGCGUGGCGGAGCUUUCCGUUUGGCUGGCUGUUUUUGCCGGUCGACCUGAUCGGCCGGCCAUUCUCGCAGAAGACGCGGGAACACUUCUUGCCGCUGCUGACGUCGACGGCGUGGUGGUCGCAGACGCAGCUGGCGCUGCGGCGCAUCUUCAUGAUGGAUCCAGACUUCCAGGAGCGCAUGUUUGCGCGGCAGAUGGCGGUAAUGAAGGGCCAGGCGUGGAACGUGGUGGAAACACUGAAGACGACCGACCACGGACCGCUGGAACUGACGCGGCGUGCCAAAGUGUGCGUGUGGGACGACCUGGUGGAGGUGCCGAUUGCGGUGCCGAUGCGGGCGACGAGUUCCGAGAUGCGCCGUCGUGCCGAGUCUGAGAUUGCCCGGGCGAUGGAGGAGGAGAUGGACAUUGGGUCAGCAGGAGGAGGUGGAAGCAGUUCUGGCGACGUGACCAAAGGAACACAUCGAGGUGUGGGUGGUGGCGGUGGCUCGGACGAUGAUCUCCUGCUGGGCAACACGUCGCCGCUGCCCCAGGCGACGCCGGCCGCACGACUACCACGGCCAGGCCGCUUUGAGCUGACCAAAGAGACCGAGGAAGAGGGAGAGGGCAACAGCGCUGCCACGGGCUCGACGGCGACAGCGUCCCGACAGAACGGCUCUGCCCGGGCGGCCGCCCUGAAUCUCUACGCACCCGGCCGGCACGAGCGGCGGUACAGCUACGCGACAGCGGGGACGGCGCUCCAUGUCGGCGGGCCACUACCGAAUCCGUUUGGCCAGACGCACGGACGGGCUUCGUCGGUCGACGGCUACGUGUAUGACGAGGAUGUCGAGGGCGACCUUGGAUACGCGGCGGCCGAGGGGAUGGAGAACAACCGUCGACGGGUGAUUGUGGAGCGUCUGGAGCCGGUCAAGAGCAAGAACCCGGUCUUCACAUGGUGUUGA